GGUCUGUUCCAAUGCUUAACUAUCCUCAUACUAAGAAAGUCCUUCCUAAUUCAAACUAAAUUUUCUCUGUUGCAUCUUGAGGCCAUAACUUCAACUCCUGUCUCCUAAGGAAGGCAGACAGCUAAAACCUUUGAAAAUUUGGUAUUGAGAUGAACUUUGUAGUCAAUAAAGAACAAUGGACUAGUCAAGUACAGAUAAAUCAGUGAACUCCCAACAGCAUCAGUGGGCAGAAUAUAUGUUUAUAGGAUACUUGGCAGACCAGCUAAGAAUCUCUUGGAAAGGCCAUUCUUGUGGGACUCCACAUCUUGAUCAACCAAAGAGAAAAUGGAAACUUACUACCUUUAAUGAGUAAGACUCAGGAGCUGGUAUUGUGAAUUGCCAGCAUUUGGAAGGAUGUCCUUGACUGGAAAGGUGGAGGCAAGAUGUUAGCAGCCAGAUACCUCUAACAUAUCUAGAUGAAAAGAAAAGAAUCUAUAUGGACAAAAGGACUGAAUUAAGGUUGCGUGGGCAGCCUAAAAUGAAAUGUUUGUUUUUAUAAUGUUUAUGUUCCUUUAAAAGUUGUAUGUUAUUUCUUAGGUUUAAAAGAGCAAGAGAAGAUCCACCAUAUGGCAAAGCAGCAACUACAUCCAUCCGCAGCAGCAUUGGAAACUUUAGAUUGUCACAGACCUCUGCUACUGGAGCUAAGUAACAGCUAGAGAGGUUGUCAUCCUCUGUGCACCACCGCCAGAGGGGGAUGGGGCCAAGAUUAAUGUGGAUGCAUCUCAUCUGAGUUUUCCUCCCUAAGAUGGCUGGCUGGUUGAAACGGGUUCUGCAGAAACCAAAGCAACACUCCAACUCAGGAAGCAGCUCAACUGCUGCUCCCAAACACUCACCUUCCUCCCCCACCUCCUCCCCGGUGAGAAGCUCCAGUUCUUCUGCCAGCAGUUCAGUGCUCCACCCAAGGUCACUACUGUCCUCUGCCUCCCAGGUGAACAUCAGCAGCUCAGGAAGUGCCCGCUGGACCAAAAGCUAUGAUGUGUGCAUUUGUCACAAUGAAGGGGAUUUUGAAUUUGUUGAGGAGAUGGUCUCCUACCUGGAGAGUCAGCCUGAGACCUUCCGUUGCUUCCUGCAGUUGCGGGAUGCCACGCCAGGCAGCGCCAUUGUAACUGAGCUCUGUGAAGCUGUCCAGAACAGCCACUGCUGGGUCAUGGUAAUAACCCCUGGCUUCCUCCAGGAUCCCUGGUGCAGGUACCAAAUGCACCAAGCAUUAGCAGAGGCUCCCAUGACCAAUGGGCGCACCAUUCCAGUGCUGAAGGACAUCGACCAGAAGGACUACCCCCGGGAGCUGAGAUGCCUCUAUUACAUCCGUGUGACGUUCAAGGAAAAUGGCUUCAGGCAGAUUAAAGACACAGUCUUGCGCUACCUACAGGAGCUCUGUCAGAGCACCCCAAGCACAACCGAGUGACUGGAGUCCUGCAAAAGAAAGGGAACACCAUAAGGAAGCACAUCCUUGGGAAUGGACCAGGAAUCCACAUGGGUGUUUUCAGAGUCUCUGGAGCUGGCUGGAGCUAAGGUCCGGCUCCAUUCUCUGCAAAGCACAUACAGAAUCGCAAAUGGGAACUAACUCCCAUGAGGACUUUUGAGUGGAAGCAUCAGGCAGCUCUCUCCUGUGCGCACUAAUAUCAGGCUGUUUCGAGGCUGCUGAGGGUAGCAGUGUCUGACAAUACUGGCAACUGGGCAUCAGUUUCUGGUGCUAAAGACUUGGGGCUUGCACAUGGUUCUGUCAUACUGCACAUGGAAUUGAUCUGCUCCUGAAGCCACAGUGUUGGCAAACUCUCAGUCCUUUGAGGAAGGCAGUUAGUGAUGUAUGGCUUAGGGUUCUGGAGCCCAGAUGGCAGUGGCACAUCUUGACCCCACAUAGCAAUGUCCACAUCACCUUAUCACCCUUGAGUGCCAUGCUGGUUUGACAUGUUUAGCUCAUUGCAGCAUCAUGCUGUGACUGUUUUGUCUAGAUUUUUUUCCUCCCUGCUCUCCAGGUAGCUGUGCCAUGGUUACUCAGCAUCCCCCUGUUGAUAUGCAGGUAGGAAAUUACACCAACUGAAGCACUGACCAGUGCUACAACCAUGUGGCACUGCUGAUUUUUAAAAAGGGAUGCCCUACACCCUGAAGAACAGUUAUUGGCUUUUCUAGAGGCAGAUGAAAAGUGUCUGUGAAAGCAUUUUAUAAUGCAUAUUUUACCUUUUAUCCUGCUCUAGACAAGCCUUAGUUGGUGGUCCCUGAAGAGGACAAUAGUUUUCCUAGGUGAGUAACUAAAACCUACUUGCUGUAGGGUUGAUGACAAUAUCUGUGUGCUCAGUGCUGCCCAGCCACCCACUAAAAUGAUGAAACUGAAUUCCUUUUUGCAUAGUGGCCUUUUUUCCAAGAGGACUGGUGGAGCAUGUCCCACCCAGACUCGUAGUCUGGUAGUUGGGGCGCUCCUGGGAGACAUGGGGGUUUGAAUCCCUUUAGGCCAAAGAGGGAAAAUAAACUUUCCUGGGAGAGG